AUGGCCUUCGAGAAGGAGCAUGGCAACCGCACGGUAGAAGAGAUGAAGGCGAGGCUUGGGCGCUUCAAGCCACACGUCAUGGAGGCGUGGCAAAUGCCUCUGCAGCAGAAUGAAUAUGACUGCGGCAUCUUUGUAUGCCAGUACAUUCAAGCGCUAGUGGAGGCAUGCUUCGAAGGUGCUGAGCAUGGGGUCCGGUUCAGCAUGAGCCCACUGGCAUACCGGCGUGUUAUACGGGAGGAUGUGUGCGCCCUGGCAGAAGGACGGCUGAUCGGGGAGCUCAUAGCAGCUGGGCAUGAGAUCCCUCCUGGCAAUGAGAUUAGGAAACCACCUGAGUUUGAGGUGAUUGGCGAUGAGGUGGAGGAUAGGGAGUGGAGAGCGGAGAUGGCAGAGCGGAUGCAUAGGCUGGAGGUUCGAAAUGAGAGUCAGGCAGUGGCUAUUGCCAAGCUCGAGAGGCAACUGCGUGAGCUGAUGCUGUCCCGUACUCCACAGCCGGGCAUUGGCGGUGUGGAUAUAGGGGAGGGACAUGGUGAUGUGGGAGGGGACGUUGCAGGAGAGGGACAUGUUGAUGUGGGACAGGUAGCUACAGGGCAGGGACAUGGGGAUGCGGGAGGGGAUGCUGUAGGGGAGGGACAUGGGGAUGUGGGAGGGAUCAACGCUGGCACACAUGACAGCAUGAGAGGUGCACAUGGCGAGGGUCCUGAGGCUGACGUUGAGGCGGGUGUAGGUGGGAUUAACACAUAUGCCGCAGCCGCCCACAUUUGCCGACCGUCCCUCUCCAGCUCAACGAUGGUGGAGUUGAGCGUGGAGGAGAGGCGGUGCUUGGAGGGACUGACGACGCAAGGGGUUGCAAGGAUAGUGGAGGCCAAGCGGUGGGCAGAGUGGAGGAACUGGCGAGAAGUGCUCGGCAGCCUCCCUGAGCCUUCCAUCCCAACGCCAGCAGGAGUACACACACAGGCUCCACCCCCCUUUUCCCACCAGCACCCUGGAGCCACGUUUGGCAACUACCACCCGCCAGCCGCCGCCUUCGCGGGACACGCCGCGGGCGGCAUGGCGGCGGUGAGCGCGGACGCGGUGUGCGCGUGGCUGCUGCAGACGACGAGCGCGGACGAGGCGGCCGUGCGAUCCGCCAGCUCAGCGUUGGAGGAAGCUUCCAAGCACCCGGGAUUCCUGGGCCACGUGUUGUCCGUCGCAGCAGUGCCCAACUCCCCAGCAGCCCUGUAUUUCAAGAACGUAGCAGUGGCGAAGCGGAGGGGCGCGGGCAGCAAGUGGCGGGUGCAGCCGCCCAUACCCUCACCCCUUCCCUCCCAUUCCUCCCCUCCUUCCCCCCCGUUCCUCCCCCAGUGCCCAACUCCCCAGCAGCCCUCCCCGCGGCCCUGUAUUUCAAGAACGUGGCGGUUGGCGAAGUGGAGGGGCGCAGGCAGCAUGGCCACCUCUCAAUUCCCUUCCACACCCUCCCGUGUCUCCCCCUCCUCCUCUCUCCCUCCCCCCAGUUCCCAACUCUCCAGCAGCCCUCCCCGCGGCCCUGUAUUUCAAGAACGUGGCGGUGGCGAAGUGGAGGGGCGCGGGCAGCAAGGGGCGGGUGCAGCUGCCCGGGGGGAAGGAGGAGCAGGAGGCAGUGCGGGUGCAACUGGUGGAGGUGUUAUUGCGGGAGCAGGAGGGGUGCAACUGGUGGAGGUGCUACUGCGGUGCACCCAGGGGAAGAUUCUCAGCGUGCUCAUGGAAGCGGUAUUUCUCUGCCGUCGUGCGCACCAAGUUGGCUCCCCCCUCUGGCUGGCCCCAGCUGCUACCGGGCCUCAAAGCCGCUCUGCUUUCCUCGCCCUCCCUUUCCUCCCCUCCCCUUUCCUCUCCCAAUUCCCACCCCAUCAGUUCUCUGCCGUUGUGCGCACCGAGUUGGCUUCCCCGUCGGGCUGGCCGCAGCUGCUUCCAGGCCUCAAAGCAGCGCUGCUCUCCAGCGAUCUCAUCCGAGCCAUCGGUUCCGCCUCCGCCGCUGCUCCUGGGCCGUCGGAUCCCGCCUCUGCUGCAGCGACAUUCUCUACAGUCACUGUGCUCACAGUCCUUCGUGCUGUCACGAAGCCAUACAGGUACUUCCUGGACCCCACCAACGACAAGGAGCUGGUGCCGCCUGUGUUGGAAGCUCUGCUGCCACUCAUGCUCCUCUCUGUGUUCAACUCCCUCCUCCCCCCACCACAGUACUUCCUGGACCCUACCAACGACAAGGAGCCGGUGCUGCCAGUGCUGGAAGCAAUCGCAUCGGACCUGCUGCUGCCACUCAUCUUCCUCCCUGUCUCUUCGUCCUCCUCAACCUCUUUGACUAUUUUUCCACUCCCCCCCACAGUACUUCCUGGAUCCUACCAACGACAAGGAGCCGGUGCCGCCUGUGCUGGAAGCAAUCGCAUCGGACCUGCUGCUGCCGCUCAUGCCACUCAUGCACCACCUCAUUGCGGCUCAGGUGUGUGUGUGACUGCCUGCUUGAACGGCAUGGCAUGGCAUGACAUGAUAGUGUUGGAAGCCAUUGCGUCGGACCUGCUGCUGCCGCUCAUGCCCCUCAUGCACCACCUCAUUGCGGCCCAGGCACAACAGUCAAGCCCCCGAGCACCAUCUGCGCAUGAUGAAGCGCUGCUGCUUAUUCUCAAGACUCUCCACCUCUCUGUGAGUGCAUCUCUAUUGCACUUCUCUGUUCAGAGCCACAUGCCAUCAGCCAUCCGCAAGCACAUCGACAGUAUUAGCCACAUGCCAUCAGCCAUCCGCAAGCACGUAGACAGCAUUGUCCCAGAGCUGCUGCUGCUGCUCUCACACUGCCCGCCCACCCUCGCAGCAGCGGUAGCAGCAGCAGGGCAGGAGGAGGGGGAAGUGAUGGAUGGGGAAGGGGGGGCAGAGGGGGGAGGUGCAGCAGCAGUGUGGGAGGUGCGGCUGAAGGGGUGCAAGCGAGCGCUGCAGAUCUGCCAUGCUCUGGCCAGCCGGCACCAGAAGCUGACAAACAAGCACUUUCCUGCCAUGGUGGACGGCAUCACAGGCAUCGUCUGCAACUCACUGUGGACCAAUAAGCUCCCAUUAGCAGCGCGUCGUGUGAUCGCAGUGGCGUUCACCGCCAUCUCUCAAGUGCUCGACUCCGCUCCGGUGAGUCCUUCAAAGGCAGGCACCGCAAAGCUUUUGAGAUCGGAGCCCGGGAGGCGGCCCGCGACCAGCGAUCCGUGGGAUCUGGCAGGAUGCCGGCGCGGAAUGGAUGGAAGGCGUCGCGACGACGACGUGGAGAUGGACUCGGCGAGCGAUGAUGAUAGGGAGGAAGAAAUUGAAGAAUCCCCCGUCGCGCGGGCCAGCGGCAAUCGAAAAGAGACUGAAGGCGAAGAAUCCCCCACUGCGCGGGGAGGCGGAACGCGCGACGGUGACGGAAGCGAAUCCCCUACUGCGCGGGGAGGCGGAACGUACGACGGUGACGUAGGCGAAGAAUCCCCCACUGCGCGGGGAGGCGGAAGGCGCGGCGGCGCCGAAGGCGAGGGACCCCCCACUGCGCGGGGAGGCGGAACUCGCGACGGCGCCGAAGGCGAGGGACCCCCCACUGCGCGGGGAGGCGGAACGCGCGACGACGCCGAAGACGAGGGACCCCCCACUGCGCGGGGAGGCGGAACUCGUGACGACGCCGAAGGCGAGGGACCCCCCACUGCGCGGGGAGGCGGAACGCGCGACGACGUCGAAGGCGAGGGACCCCCCACUGUGCGGAAAGGCGGAACGCGCGAUGGCUCCAAAGACGAGGGACCCCCCACUGCGCGGGGCAGCGGGAGGCGCAACGACGCCAAAGACGAAGCGUUCCCAACGACGCGGAGGAAGGACGAGCGUACGCCUGCAGGGCAUGCCGACUUGCUUGCACGAGCAUGGCUGAAAGGCGGUGGCUCCCUAAUUCGCCCAUCUUCCAGAGGCCAACUGGAGAGCCAACGCCUCAGGCUGAAAGGCGGUGGCUCCCUAAUUCGCCCAUCUGCCAGAGGCCAACUGGAGAGCCAACGCCUCAGGCUGAAAGGCGGUGGCUCCCUAAUUCGCCCAUCUGGCAGAGGCCAACUGGAGAGCCAACGCCUCAGUCUGAUAGGGGCUGAAAGGCGGUGGCUCCCUAAUUCGCCCAUCUGGCAGAGGCCAACUGGACUGGAGAGGCAACGCCUCAGUCUGAUAGGGUUCACUCUUCUGGAAGCUUUUGAGUCGACUCAAAAGCAGAGGCCAACUGGAGAGGCAACGCCUCAGUCUCAUAGGGUUCACUCUUCUGGAAACUCAUUCCACUGCCGCUCCCCCGCCCGUGCCGUGCCCCACUCCCUCCCCAAUCUUGCCCCAUGCCUGCAGGGCUGGAAGGGCUGGAAGGUGGUGGCUCCGCAGUUCGCCCACCUGCUAGAGGCCGCCAUCUUCCCCGCUCUCUGCCUGCACCCCCAGGAUGACAUGGAUGAGAUGGAGAGCUAUGACCCGCGGCAGUGUGCUGCUCACCUGCUGGCGCUCAUCGCCACGUCCAAGGGAAGCCCCGCCAAGGGUAAGCCGGGCGCAGCAGGAGCAGCAGCUGGCAAAUCCACGUCGCCAGCAGCGGGCAGAAGGAGACAACGAAGGCCGGCCGCUACCAAGGACACUGACGCAGCAGCAGCUACAGUGGUGCUUCCGUUCCUCUCCAGGUGCUCUUUGUCCUGCCCUCUCCUUUCCAGGUUCCCUCUCCCAGCUGAUGCUGCCGUGCCAAUGGAAGGCAUGUUUGUGGCGGGGGCAGGGGGAGGCCAGGCUCCUGCCAACCCUGCCAGUGCUGCUGUUGUCCACUACUUCGGCGUUCUGCAAGCCUAUGCAGCCAUGAAAGAGUACUUUGAGCGCCAGCCAGCCCACCUGGAGCAGCUGCUGCCAGCUCACGUGCUGCCCCUCUUCUCGCAGCGCCACGUCAGCGCGGUCCUGUUGGCCUCUGCCACGUGGCUGCUGGGAGAGCUCUCCACCGCCCUGCCCGAGUCCCUACACAACAAUGUGUACGAGGCGAGCAUGAAGGCCAUGGCAGCAGGGGACGUGGAUGGGCAGUCCUGGGCGGCUGUGCGCACUGCUGCGUCGCACUGCAUCUCUUACCUCAUCCAGAAUGAAGUGGAGCCAUCUGAUUGGCUGGCGUUUCUGCAAGCAGUGGUGGCAGCAACAAGAGCGGGGGAGGAGAGGGAGGCGGUGAGGGCGCUAGACCUGCUGGAGUCUGUGGCAGUGGAAGGGGGCGAGGGGGUGCACGCCCACCUGCCCGCCAUCAUUGCUGCUGUUGCAAAUGACACCUGCGCAGCUCUGCCUCCCCCGGAUCAGCCCUGGUCGCAGUCAGUGGCAGUGGAAGGCUGCGAGGGCGUGCACGCCCACCUGCCCGCCAUCAUAUCCGCUGUUGCAGAUGACACCUGUGCAGCUCUGCCUCCCCCGGAUCAGCCCUGGUCGCAGGGCGGAGGAGGAGAGAGGCACAGUGAGGGAGGAGAGAGGCGCAGUGGGGGAGGAGAGAGGCACAGUGGGGGAGGAGAGAGGCGCAGUGGGGGAGGAGAGAGGCACAGUGAGGGCGGAGACGGCGUGCACGCCCACCUCCCCACAAUCAUCGCUGCUGUUGCAGCUUCGUGGGCUGAUGACGAGCUGCCAGGGGGGUUGUGCUUGUCAUUGCUCCUUCCUUCUUUACCCGCCCUCCCUUCUCAUGGCACCGUGUGUGGGCUGGGCGCUCUUCUCUGCGCUCGCCUCUCUGAUCAACGUGUGUGGGCGCUCUUCUCUGCACUCGCCUCGCUGGUCGAGUCAUGGGCUGAUGAUGACCUGCCAGGGGACGAUGACGAGGAGGAGGAAGGGGAGGAGAGGGAUGGGAAGGAGGCAGCAGGGGCGGAGGAGAGGAGUCGCCGGGCAGUGGAGGUGGCUGCGUCUGUGGCUCGCGUGCUGCGAGUGGCCUGGCUGAACGAACCUGUGGAUCCAUCCAUAGUGAAGCCACAAGUGUCAAUUCAGGAGGGCGAGAAGGACGACAAGGAGCCGCCCCCCACCUCGUGGAUCGACGCCUCUCUGCUGCUCUCCUUCGUCCUCAAAACCUCCCUGGUCCCUGUACUCUACGAUCCCCCUCUCACCCUCCCUCCACCCCCACCCGCCUUUCUUCGUCAGGUGGAUCCGUCCCUCGUGAAGCCACAGCCAGCAGCCGGCCUAGAGGGCGAGGAGGACAAGGAGCCGCCCCCCACCUUGUGGUUCGACGCCCCUCUUCUGCUCCCCUUCGUCCUUACAGCCUCCCUGGUGGACCCAUCUCUCGUGAAGCCACAGGCAGCAGCCACUCUAGAAGGCGAGGAGGACAAGGAGCCGCCCCCCACGUCAUGGUUCGAUGCCUCUCUGCUGCUCUCCUUCGUCCUCAAAGCCGCUGCCAACGCCCCAGCUUCACCUUCCUCCACCUCUGCUGCUACAGGCGGGGAUGCAGCAGCGCUGGUGGCGCAGUGGGGGGUGGUGCCGUUGCUGCACAAGUGGGUGGAGCUGGUGGCGGAGUGGACGGCAUGGGAGGAGGAUGAGGACGAGGCGGUGUUUCAGACCAUCGACUCCUUGUUGCUGCUGCAGGGGAGGACGCCAGUACCGGAUUUCAUAUCCAGAGCCACUCCACCGCCUCCCCUGCCGCCCGUGCCGGCACGCUCCAUCCUCGAAGGCGUCGCGUGCUUCGUCUCAUCCGCGCUAUCUGACGGCUCUCCUGCUGCCACGUGGCGAGCAUCCAGGCACUCGCACACGCUCCUAAACGCUGCUGCUGUGGCGCUCAACGGAGGGCCUGCUGCCGCUGCUCUGGCUGCUCGGUUUGCCGAGGCCUCUCUCACUCGCCUCUCCACCGCCCCCUCCCUCUCCUCCAUCCGCUACAUCACCAAGCCUCUGCUCCUCGCCCUCUUCUCCUCCCUCCUCUCCCUCUUGCCCCUGUCCACGUGUCUCUCAACUAACCAUUUGUUCCGCCUUUCCCCCUUUCACCCUUUCCCAACCCCCUCCCUCAGGCCUCUCUCACUCGCCUCGCCUCCACGCCCUCCCUCUCCUCCAUUCCUUACAUCACCAAGCCUCUGCUCCUCCCCCUCUUGCCCCUGCCCCACGUCCACAUGUUGUGCAAUUUACAAAACUCCCCCUCAUUUUCCCCCUUUCUCAACCCCCUUCCAGGCCUCUCUCACUCGCCUCUCCACCGCCCCCUCCCUCUCCUCCAUCCGUUACAUCACCAAGCCUCUUCUCCUCGCCCUCUUCUCCUCCCUCCUCGCCUCCCCCUCCUCCGUCUUCCCCCUCCUCCUCUCCCCCGCACCUGCUGGCGACAAGGGGAAGGGGGAGGCCGGGCAAGAGGAAGGGGAAGGAGAAGGAGAGAAGGAAGGAGGGUUGAGGUUGGGAGUGGUUGUGCGCGGUGUAGAGAGCUUGCUGGCGCUGCAUGCGGAACCAGGGUUGGUUCUCGAGUCAGAGCUGAAGCUCACAGCUGGGACGGUGAGUGGCUGCGUGGGUGGGUGGGUGGGUGGGUGUGCAAGUGGGUGUGUGGGUGGGUGGUUCCGGAAAGCAGGUCAUACUGUUCUCGCCCUCACGUGCCUCGUGCAGCAGUCAGCAGCAGCAGCAGUGACAGGGUCAGACCUCCCACCCGCCAUGCUGGCAGCAGCGAUGGUGCGACUGAAAGAGGUGAAGCAAGUUAGAAAUUCUCCCUCCAAGUUCUCCCUUCCCUCCUCUGCCUUUAUCCCCCUGUGGCAGUGCUCGCCUUCACUCCUGCCAACAGCAGUGCUGGCAGUAGCUGUAGCAGCAAUGGCAGCGAUUUUGCAAGGGCAGUGGUGCAGUGGUGUCAUGUGUGCUGUGUGCUUUGCAGUUGUGCCAGCUGCCGUGCUGGCAGCAGCGAUGGCAGCGAUGGUGCGGCUGAAGGAGCCCGCGUUGGACGAGGAUCUCGACGAUGCUGAGCUGGAGGCGGCGCUGAUGAGGCGAUACGCGGAGGCGGCGACGAUGAUUGGCUCCCUGGAGGAGGACGAGGCUGACGUGGAGGAUGAAUACGGGGUUGAGCUGGAGCUAGGCCUCACAGGGCUGCAGGACGAGCAGGCGGGCAUCAGGGCGUGUCUGCAGCAGCACUGGGCGGCUCUGGGUCGCCAGGUCGUGGCACUCAAGCCAUCGCUCUCCUCCAACUUUGCCGAGGCCUUCCCUCCAGCCAAGCCAUUCCUUCUUUGA